AUGCAUCUUGUACGCGCUUGGCUGGCUUCGUGGCUUGUGCUACACGCCCAGAAGGGUCUGUCUCUGGUAUUCGAGGAAAUCAGCCAUCUGCAAGUAGAACCGCAUCCUCUAACUCUUCGUGGAUCUGAAUACUCGAACCUUGAUCUACUCAAGCAGGAUUCAUUCUAUUACAGUGGGAAACAAGAUGGCCAGUCAUCUUUUGCCAACUUCACAGUCUCACUUACCGGCGAGCAAGAGAACAUUGUUUCCAUGGAGCGUUUUGGGAAACUGCUCGAAUCUGUUCACUGCACCGACACUAGUGUUACGGUAAACUUCAAAGAGGAGCAAGCUUUUACCUACGCAGAGCAAGCCUGGGAAUGGGUCAAUGAUAUGGAUGACCGCACAUUUGUAUUAGUGAUUGCAAAGGGAUCCUGCAAUGGGAACACCAACAGGCUUCCAUUCAUUGUUUCUAACGUUACGUACGACAAAAGCACCAAGACAACGAAGCUUCAGGGUAAACGCUCAAGCUGGAACGAGAUCGCACAUAGCUAUGAGCUCAAUAUAGGCAAACAAAGAGCCUCUUCCUCCGCAGCAAGGCGUGAUAUUGACAGGUCGGCAUCUCUGGACUUCAACCAAGUUAUACCGGUGAAAAGUGGAAAACUCCCGGUUGACAGCGUUGAUGUUACCUGGGAAUGUGCAGACUGCAGCACGCAGGGUGCUUUUGAACUUGAUUUUCAUGUGAAGACUGUUGCUGGAAUUCCCAAGACGGGAAGCUUGAGCCUUAGCCCCAACGAUGUAUCAGCCACCUUUAUGCCACGAGUUGCACUGGAUGGUGACCUUAAGAACCAAAAGAGCGGCGAGGUUGACCUCGGGAGGAUUCCCCUUAGUGGUAUCUCCAUUCCAGGGGGUAUCCUGAACAUCGGGCCUCAGAUUGUUUUCAGUCUCGGAUAUAUGAUGGGCCCAUUGACUGGCUCUGCUACAGUCACGGCUGGGAUUACUGCCAACCUCAAUGAUUCUGCUGUGGUAUCUAUAGACCUUGAAUCACGUAGUGUGGAAUCAAAUGGCUGGACGCCUUCGGUUGAGCCAAUUCCAGUGGCAGUUGACGCGGAGAUCGAGGGUGCGAUUGAGCUGCAUCCUAAAGCAUCAUUGCAGAUUUCUGCCCAGGUGAUAGGCAAGGGAGUCGAGGUCGGUCUCAAUUUGAAACCGAGUCUUGCUGCGACUAUGGCUGUUGUACAUUCAACUGAUGGAGCCUGCCCUGAUGAUUCCAAACACCGAGAGAAUGGCGUCACGGUCGACCCAUCGGCGAGUGUUAGUCUCAAUUUUGAAGCCACCUUUGGCGAUGACAACGGGGAACCGGAUGUUAAUCAAAUCCUUGCGGAAUACACUGCGCCACUUGAAUCACAAUGUUACCCUCUUGGUGCUGAGUCUAGCAGUAGCGCGACUCCCUCAGGAAGUCCAACCCCGUCCAGCAGUGUCCAUCCAACUGUUCCAGCAAUCCCAUCCUCUUCCUCACCUACGCCAACAGUGUCUACUACCCCUUCAUCGGCUCCACCAAGCUCAUCAACAUCCCUGUCUUCCUCCAUCCCUCCGUCCACCUCGUCAACAACUCAGCCAAGCAAACGCGCGCACCACCACCGACGUAUGGGCUCUCAUCGGCGACAUGGUGUUUUGUAA